GGACUGACAACUCAUGGGGCCCCCGGGCAAUAGGGGAUCAUGGGGCCCCUGUGUCCUUGCCCAAACUCAAAAGAGCCUAUGUAAAAGGUACCAGGGGCAUCUCAUGGGGCCCCCUACUGACCCCGGGCCCUCUGGCAGUGCCCGGCCCCAUGAGUUGUCAGUCCGCCCCUGCUUAUGACACAUUGUGGGAGGUUCCUUUGCCAGAUUCAUGUGUACUUGCCAAUUGUUUGUUUUCUUGCAUGUGCUAACUUGCUUUUGCCUCCCAAAAUACAAUAUUUUGAA